AUGAGAAAUGAAAUUGCAAUUACAGUUUUCUUUUUUACAAGAUUUCAAAAAAAAUACGAUAAACUGAGUAAACAGCAAAUAGAAGAUUUUGCAGAAAAGUUAACUACAAUUUUGUUUGAAACAUAUAAAAGUCACUGGCACUCUGAUUGCCCUUCUAAAGGUCAAGCCUUCAGCUGUAUCAGGAGAAACAAUAACCAGAACAGUGAUCCCAUUUUAGAAAAGGCUUGUGCUGAAAGCAAUGUGGAUUUUACUCACCUGGGACUUCCAAAGGAGAUGACCAUAUGGGUAGAUCCCUUUGAAGUGUGCUGUAGAUAUGGUGAGAGAAAUCAUCCUUUUACAAUUGCUUCUUUUAAAGGCAGUUGGGAGGAACAGAAAUUAUCCCAACAAAUUAGUCAGGCUGUUAGUAGAGCUACCUUAGACUACUUCUCAGGCACGUCCUCUGAUGAAGAAAGUCGUAACAAAGAACCACAGAUAAUUCCUAAAGUCAGCAAUCCAAACUUGAAACAGCCCUUUCAGUCUCGGCUCCAAAUCCCUCGCAGAAUGAAUUCAGCAGAUGGACAUGUGGACCUCUUAGGAAGUACUUACUAUAUGUUGCAUAAAAAUUCUAAGGGUUAUAGACCUGCUGCUCUAUACAGGGUAGACAGGUACCACUGGGCAGAAAUACGCAAGGGAGAAGAGAGCUGUGAAAAAUGUCACCAUUUGAGGGAAGAACAAGAAGUAAAACGCGAGUGUAGCACAAAUCCAAGGACUAAGCGCGGGAACAAAGGUCAGAAGCUAGGAAGGAUAAAAUUUAGGGCGCGGGGCUUUGCACGCUUUAUUGGAAACUUUUGCAGAAAUGGAGACCAGCGGCGGCAACUCCCCCGGGGACUGAAGGCGGAAACGCGGAGCGCGCGGGAAACGGAAAUGCCCGCGGGGCAAGGAAGUGCGCACGCGCCGCCCGCUCACCGCCGGGCUCCGGCCCCAGCGCCGGGCGGCGGCGCCGAAAAGUGA